GAAUAUUACGAAUAGGAGUUGGCAAACUAUCGGCUGGCAAUGCAGCGUAUGGCUGAUGACAUCAUUACUCUUCGCCGUCAAAUGAGUGGACUAGAGGCAGAAAACAGUGCUCUUCGCAGUGAACGUAGCCUAAACCAAGAUCUGGGGCGCAGCAUCCUCAGUGACACAGACAUUGAUGUCAUGACCAAAGCUGAAUUAGCUGACCGAUUGGUGACUCUGAAACAAAAACUAGCAAGUGAAACAUCGGAGCUACGCGGCAUGAGAGAUCGGGUCCAGCAGCUGCAGAAUGAAUUAGUCAGGAGAAAUGAUCGGGAGAAGGAACUACUCCUGCUACAAAGAGCGCACCAACAACAGCAGACUGUACUAAACCAGUACCACCAGAGACUGGGUCGGGCUAAAAAUUUACAGGACACUGUGCGAAAGCAGGAGAAGGUAAUUGAGAAAAUGGAAAAACUCCUGGACAAUAAACUCAGGGAUGAGAAGAAGAGUCGUACUGACAAAGGAGACAGAGGAGUUCGAGUUGACAUUCUGCAGGGGGAGGUUUAUUCUGCAUUACUAGCUGAGAACACACGUUUAAGGGAAGAACUGGAUAAAGCUCGACAACCUACAACAGUGUUGACUCAGAUCCAUCCGGUUCCUGAACAAUUAACUGACAGUGAGAAGUUUUCUCUUCUAAGCAAAUUGGAAAAGUUACAAGCAAGAGUACAGAGUCUGGAGAGAGAGCUGGAGGAUUCAGCCCGGCGAUGGGGCCGUGACAAACAGCAAUUCCUUACACAGAUUUCAGAGCAGCAGAUGGGAUUCCGCCGGACCCAGACCACUAUCCUGCACCACUUUUCUACUAAGGACCCAGACCCUCCCACAAAGAGACAUGUCAAGCUUGAUCCUUUAAUUUAA